AAGCAAGAUUAAUUGGACUUUCAAUUUUGGCCUUAUUCUAAGUCCAGCUGCAUCACUAGUAGUGGUACUACACGGUUGCCAAAAUAUGCAAAGACCGUCAAACCAAGUAAAAUUAAAGCAAAUGCCAUUUGCAUUUGCAUUUCUAUAGGCAAGGAAGGAGUUCCAACUUCCCAGUCAUAAGAAGAAUAGGAUCGGAUCGGUGGAGUUGGAAUUGCUUCCAUGUAUGCUUUGUGCUUCCCCAGCUAGCUACCUCAUUAUGUAGCUACCUAAAUGGGUUCACUUUGUUCCUUCUCCUAGCUUCGGUUAAGCUAGCUAGCUAGCUAAUAACCAGAGAAAAUAGUAGUCAAGUUUGUGAUGAACGGAGGAGGAGGAGGAGUGCAGAUGCUGCCAGUUGGCUACCGGUUUGACCCUACGGAUGAGGAGCUUGUGGUUCACUACUUGAGGAGAAAGGUCCAUGGCCUCCCACUGCCGGUUUCCAUCAUUCCCGACUAUAACAACAACUACUACUUUGAUCAUCCCUCCCACCUGCCAAUGCCUCCAGGCGAGACUAUGCAAAAGAGGUACUUCUUCUACAAUAGUGAAUAUAAUGAUGAAAAAAGUAAGAACAAGAACAACCGCAGUAACUAUAAGAGGGCUGCUGCUGCUGCUGGUUGUGGUUUUUGGAGGUCUAUUGGGAAAGAGAAGCAAAUUGUUGCUACUACUCAUUCUGAUCAUCAAAACAGCUGCAGCCAAGCUCAAUUAGCUGUCCUUGGGUUGAGGAAAACCUUGGUUUUCUGCGGCAGCCACAGGAAGAAGAAGACUAAGCACCAUCACGGCCACUACCACUACCAACAUCAAUAUGGAAGCCUCAGUAGUAGCCCUCGAUGGUUCUUGCAUGAAUAUAACCUUCUCGGUUCUGAGGUGUUAGGAAACAGCUGGAUUCUCUGUAGUGUAUUUCAGAAGAGGAGAAAGCCUCCGAGCAAGAAAAGAGGUCGGACCUCAACUUUGGAUAUUACAGGAUCAGGCUAUCUUCCCAAGCCUUCCAAUUCAUGUUCGAGUGAAAUCACUACUGACGAUCAGGAGGUCUUUUCCAAAUGUUAUUAGUUAGGAUGAGCUAGCUCAUGAUGGAUGAUGAUGAUCAGAAGGAAAACAACUUUAGUUAAUGGGAAAGAGCUAGCAAAAAAAAGGCUUUUCAGUAUUCAUGCAUCUAGCCUUUAGUUUUUUUUUUUUUGGCAAUCACACGGUGUCCUCAAAGGCUUCUUAGGCAUCUAGUCUUAAGUUAAAUUAAAUUGACCGGAUCGCCAUGCUAAUUAUUUGAGUUAGAUUGUGUUCUUGGAGCAAAUCCAAAAUACCAGUUGGUUUCAUAAUUAACAAUUUCUCUCUCUAUUGGUCAUCCG